UUGAACUGUUAGCGCGGCGAGCUCUUCGCGAGACGAACAACACACGUGAAUGAAUGAAAGAAAAUAUUUCCGCAUAGCCAAUAGGGGUAACAACGGCAUUCAGCAGUGCAGCACAGAGGCGGUAUACAUCACCUUCGCAGACCCAUCCAACUCUACGGAACUACGUACCGAGCACAAACUCUGAGCUCUGCUUGCGCCCACGGCCACUGUACAGGACUUGAUCACGACUCACUUUAAACUUUUUAAAAAGUUUGUUGAGUUGAGAGUCUGACUGAGCCUGAGGAGAGAAGACUCGAUUGUCAGAUAUAUUUUACCGCACCAUCUGCAGUCUUCCCUUAAAGAUGGCAUCGGGUGAGCAAGACCUGAAGAACCUUGCCAGCUGUCUGCAGCAGACUCUGUCACCAAACAUCACUGAGAGAAAACAAGCUGAGAAGUUUCUUGAGUCUGUGGAAGGCAGUCCAAACUACGCCAUCUUGCUACUGAUGCUGAUUGAGCUUGACAGCGUCGAUGCCACCAUUCGCCAAUCAGCGUCUAUCACAUUCAAGAACUUUGUCAAACGCAACUGGAGAGUGGUUGAAGAUGAAGCUAACAAAAUUACAGAGGAUGACCGCAACAAAAUCAAGCAAAAAAUCGUUGGAUUGAUGCUGAGCGUCCCACUUAAGCUUCAGAGACAGCUGAGCGAUGCCAUCAGUAUGAUAGGCAAGGAGGAUUUCCCAGACAAGUGGCAGUCCCUUCUUCCAGAACUCACCUCCAAGUUUGAGAACUCUAACUUCCCUGUCAUCAACGGAGUCCUCCGCACUGCACAUUCGCUCUUCAAGAGGUACCGCUAUGAAUUCAAAUCCAAUGCACUGUGGAGUGAGAUCAAACUAGUCCUGGCAAACUUUGCUGCUCCGCUCACACAACUCUUCAAUGUUACAAUGUCUUUGAUUGUGGAACAUAAGGACAACAAAGAAUCAACGACCAUCCUGUAUGACUCACUCACGCUCAUCUCUAAGAUCUUCUACAGUUUGAAUUAUCAGGACCUACCAGAAUUUUUUGAGGACAAUAUGAAGAUCUGGAUGACCCAUUUUCUUGCCCUUCUGACGGGAGACAACCCUCUGCUACAUUCAAAGGAUGAAGAUGAGGCUGGACCCCUGGAGCUGCUCAAGUCCCAGAUCUGUGACAAUGUCGCCCUCUAUGCCCAGAAGUAUGAUGAAGAGUUCCAGGAGUACCUACCCAACUUUGUGAUGGCUGUCUGGAAUCUCCUCGUAUCCACAGGAGCACAGGUCAAGUAUGAUCUGCUCAUCAGCAAUGCCAUCCAGUUCCUAGCAUCGGUUGCAGACAGAGAUCACUAUAAGCACCUCUUUGAGUCCCCUGAUACACUCAAGGGCAUCUGUGAGAAGGUCAUCGUACCCAACAUGGAGUUUAGAGGUGCUGAUGAGGAACUCUUUGAGCUCAAUCCUGAAGAGUAUAUCAGACGAGACAUCGAAGGCUCAGACAUCGACACAAGGCGCAGGGCUGCUUGUGAUCUGGUGAAAGCACUCACCAAGUUCUUUGAGGCUGCUGUCAUUGAGAUCUUCUCCAAUUAUGUACAGCUUAUGUUGCAGGGUUACAGGAGCAACCCGGCGGUGAACUGGAAGCAGAAGGACGCAGCUACGUAUCUGGUCACAUCAAUAGCAUCCAAGUCAAAAACACAGAGGCAUGGAACGGUGCAAGUCAGUGAGCUCGUCAGUAUUCCAAGUUUCUACACAGAGAACAUUCUUCCAGAUCUACAGUCAGCAGAAGUUGACAGCCUACCGGUCCUAAAAGCUGAUGCCCUGAAGUACGUGAUGACAUUCAGGAACAUCCUUCCUCCAGAGAUGUUGAUAGGGUCGCUACCGUUCCUAGUCCAGCUCCUCAAGGCUGAGAGUCAGGUGGUCCAUACCUACGCAGCCAACACCCUGGACAAACUCCUCUUGGUCCGUAAGGAAGGCAAUGAAAGACUGAUCAAAGCAGAGCAUCUUCAGCCUCAUGUUGAAGCCCUUCUUACAAACCUCUUCAAUGCACUCACAAUGCAGGGAUCAGAGGAGAAUGAAUACAUUAUGAAAGCCAUCAUGAGAUGUAUGUCUGUCCUCCAGCACGCAGCUGUACCGUACCUUCCCAUUCUACUCACCAAACUCACAGAAAAACUGGUGCUUGUUAGUAAGAACCCUUCCAAGCCUCAUUUCAACCACUAUUUAUUUGAAUCAAUGAGCGUGACGAUCAAGGUGGGAUGCAAGGCUGACCAUGCCAACGUCGCUCUCUUUGAGAACUCCCUCUUUCCUCUCUUCCAAGAAAUGCUCGUAGCAGAUGUGCAAGAAUUCAUCCCAUACAUCUUCCAACUGAUGUCGAUGAUGCUGGAGUCCCGUACGGACUGCCCUGGCCCAUACAUGGAACUGUUCCCUUUCCUGCUGGUGCCUGUUCUGUGGGAGAGACCAGGCAACAUCCCGCCCCUUGUACGGCUCCUGCAGGCCAUCAUAGAGAAAGGCGCAGCUAGCAUCGUGGCAAGUGACAAACUGAUGGGACUUUUGGGUGUGUUCCAGAAGUUGAUGGCUUCCAAGACGAAUGAUCACCAAGGGUUCUAUCUCCUUCAGAGUCUGGUAGAGAACAUGGAAGCUAAUACUUUCAAUGAGCACGUCAAAUCCAUCUUUCUUCUUCUCUUCAAUCGACUGAUCAGUUCCAAGACUACAAAGUUUGUAAAGAGUCUGUUAGUGUUCUUCUCCUUGUAUGCAGUCAAGUGUGGUGCCUGUAAAUUAGUAGAAAUCGUCGAUAGUCUUCAACCCAACAUGUUUGGCAUGGUCCUGGACAGACUGUAUAUUCCUGAGGUCCAGAAGACAUCAGGCUCAAUGGAGAAGAAGAUCGUUGCCGUGGGGAUGACAAAGAUUCUGACCGAGUGCCCGGCCAUGAUGAGUAACCCCGCAUACCUCAAGUUAUGGACACCCUUACUCCAAGCCCUCAUUGAUGUCUUUGAACUGGAGGAAGACGACAACGUACCCGACGACGAGCACUUCAUCGAGGUCGAGGACCAGCCAUCGUACUCUGCCGCCUACUCCCAGCUCGCCAACGCAGGCAAGGCAACGAGAGAUCCGUUCAGUGGAACCAUCCAGAACCCUAAGAUCUACCUGGCUCAGAGUCUGCAGAAACUCUGCGCUGCUCAUCCCGGACAGAUCACAGGAAUGAUCAGCGCUGGUCUGGAUCCCAAAGCUUCCGGGUUCCUCCAGGCAUAUCUUCAGGCUGCCAACGUCUCUCUCUCAUAACACCAAGCUCUACAGUUCUCAUGGAAGAUAGAAGCCUUGUAAGAAUCGACUGCCAAACGCCUAGGGCCGUCUUAAUCUGUCCUUUUCAUUAAUAGAGGAACAUUUGAACUAUGUCAGCAGUUUUCUUUUGUUUACAGAAGAAUUCAGUAUUAGAGUCUGUCUUAUAAAGAAUCAGGUUUGAUAUGGAUAGAUCCAAACCUUCCAAUCAGUCAGUAGCUUUCAGAAGCCUAUCUUUUGGCAGAGUUCCACACUAGCUUUUUUUGGAAGGGGGUCUCAUUUGAAUUCUUCUUUGAAGUCUACCCCGGUACAUGAAUAUUAGAGUCCUAUGUAAAAAUGUCAAAAUAUUGGCGGCCCGGACAUAGAUUAAAGGUGCCCAUGUACCCUGGGCACCUAUUAGUCUUGAGUCCUGUCUUUAGUACAGAAUUGCGAUUGGUAACACAUUAUGGUCGAUUUAAAUCAAUCGCAACUGUAGAAAGAAAUUAUUUGUUGGUGUUUUUUGACACAGUUAUGUUGAUAGAGUGUUGAUGUCGGGGAAACUUAUAUAUUGACAUACUGACAGAAACUUAGUGUUGAGGUUAGUCCUGCUAAUGCCUCUGUAUACUUGUUUUUCAGCUCUAAAGAAGCCCAUGAGGGUCAUACUCGAUGGCUGCAAAUUUCUCAUUUGUAAACGUUCCUAUAUAUUAAUAUUUAUAAAUUGUGGAGCUUGAAAUGAUAUUGGAUUUUCGAUAAAUGAAUGUACAUGCCUAAUUUUAACUGGUUUGAAUAGUUAGAUUUUGGUAUUACACUUAUUUUUCUAUAGACCCCAGCUCAAGUUACUUGCAAGAUGACGUUUGCCAAGCUAUUCUUCCAUCUAGUUACAUGCCCAAACCACUGUAGCUGUCUUUUUUUCCACAAUCGUGAUGAGAGGAUCGUGUUCCUCUAUUAUUUAUAUGUUUAAAGACAUUUGUAUCUAGUAUUGGUUUCAUUUUAAAUGGAAAUGUUUAAAAAAGACAAUACAGAAUUAGUGUAAUAUACAGUAGAUGCUACUUUGCAUACUGUACCAUAUAUGAGCAUGUACUUUGUACCAAAUAGUGUUGUGACAAUGGAUGUCUUUGAUAAUGCAGUACAAGACAUUCGAUGAAGAAAGAAAGAAGAAGAAGGAAGAAAACAUAACAGUGGAAACGGUUGUGUUGAAUUGAAAAAAUGAUAAUGGUAAAUGAUAUGUAAGGUACUGUAAGAGACAUAUAUAUUCAGUACUGGUUUCACCAGUCUAACUAACCCAAGUCUUCAAAUUGCGACUUUAAAGUGUUUUUUUUUGCCUUGAAAAAGCUGUGAAACAUCAAAUGUUAAUAAACUUUACAUGUACUCUAAGAAGGCCUUGACUGUAAAGGCUAUAAGAAACACAAUAUGAGAUUUGUGUAUAAUAAUGUAGAGCAUGUGCUUUGUAUCUAGAUAAUUGUGCUGUAAAUACAGUAUAUGGACGUAUUUGGUGAUGCAAUUACAGACAGUCAAUAAGGAAAGAAAAAUGAUAAAUUAAAAAUGACAUAAAAUACCUAGUAAUGGUCAUGUUGAAUUGAAAAAAUAAUUAUUGACAUUUUGGUAUCAUGGAAGGUUCAGUUUCCAAAGAAACCUGAAUAAUAUUUUUUAUUUGUACUGUGUAUAAAUAAUAAAGCUUUCCAAGCAAUGA